AUGGGUGGUACAAGAAAUCCUAGAAAAAACAACAACGCGUUCUACUUUAAACUAGACAAUAUACGUGUUCGUGUCUGUAAGAUAUUUUUUAAAAACACGUUGGACAUUAACGAUCGCCCAAUACGUACAGUAUUAGCCAAACGAAACAAGAUAGCUGACGUUUUACUUGAAGACGACCAACGUGGGAAACACGGUAUGCAAAGAAAAGUUGACGAAAAUAUAAGAAAUGGAAUAGUUCAAUUCAUUGAUAAAAUCCCGAAAGUUGAAAGUCAUUAUACACGAUCCAAUACAACUAGACAAUUUAUAGAUGGUAGUAAAACAAUUUCACAACUUCACAGCGAUUAUGUUACAGACUGCAAAGUUAAAAAUAUUCCUUAUGAUGACGAUUACAAAGAAGCAAUUGUAAUCAAAAAGAAAAAACCUGUAGUUAUUGAGUUUAAACCAGCCUUUAUUUACAAACCAAAAAUUUCUGAGAGGAAAAAGGCAGACCUAAUGGAUUUAAUGAAAAAAAAAAAACAUUCCUUCCAACUACAAAUACUUUUUUGA